AUGUGCGGUCCUUUUGCCAUUCACAAAAAUAGUACCUCUGAAGAUAAUUUUGGGGACAAUACAGAAAUAGCAUUUUACCUAUUGAGAAAAGGAGAAAAUAACAGUUUACUGUUGUUAAGAUGUAUCCAAACAUUGAGUACUUUACAAAAUCAAAUACAUCAUCAUGUUCACAAUCCAAUUUUUAUUCUAAAAACAUCGUCAGUCGAAAUAAACGAUGCUGGUAACGUUUUUCCAAAUGGAUAUUCCACAUUACCCAAAGAGCCAAUACUUGCAACAUCGAGAUCACUGACAUCCAGCUGUGGAUGCACUCGUGUUCUCACGUUCGACGAUAUUUCCAAUACGGGUAACGAUCGCUAUCCUGCCAUUCCAAAUGGAUACGGUGGACUUACUUGGACUAAUGCCUUGAUUAUGAAUACAACUUGGGAAAGAGUGACAUACGGCUGGAAUGGAUAUGCAAGUGGACUGAGCAGUGGUGUUUUUGUCGGUUUCAAUUCGAAUGCUCAACAAAUGUCGAUGAGUGUACCAGUGGGCCAGUAUUUUCAGUUGAACUCUAUCAGUUUGUGUGCUGCAUGGCGAAACAAUUUGACGGUGACGAUUAAAGGUAUACGAGCAAAUAUUCCUGUUUAUCAGACGGUGAUCAACUUACCAGUUGCAUCAAAAAACAUUUUGUACACUAUAAAAUGGGCCGGAAUUGAUAAAGUAACACGUGAUUCGGUUGGUGGUAUAGAGUAUCCAAAUCUGAAUGGCGUUGGAACGCAAUUUGUCUUUGAUGACAUCGAUAUCACAAUCUAA